AUGGGUCUGGAAGACUGCGACACUCAGCCCCGUAAAGGAGGUCGAGGUUAAAAAGCUUUUGUUCGUGGCAGUGGUGGCGCUGGUGGUGCUGGUGGUGCUGUCAGUGGAUGGACUAGUGCCACUUGUUCCGAGGCUGCUCGUGCGUUUCCUGAGGAUUCGAUCUGUGCUCUGGGUUUAAAGGCAUCCUCUAGCCUCCCAGUGAACUGGCUCUGUUCUACCGUCCCUUUUAGGCCUGUUGGGGCGCGCUCCCAUGGUCUCAGCCUUAGCCCUCUUAAGAGCCGGUGUGUCCCCUUUUCAAACCUGUUCCAUCGUGGGAUGAUAAUUCCUCCCUCGGUGAAAACCGUGAAAACCCACACAACCUAUUUCUUAGCCGAGAUUAGAUAGUAGAAUCGGGUAAGGAGAUGAAUACGUGGGGAUCUUACGUGAUGGGGCUCUGAAGCCUUGGUUGGCAUGGUGCAGACCAGGGAUCCGUAAGAAUGGCCGCUCUCUCUACCCCCAGUCCGAAUUCAACCUCAUCCGCUGUAUCCGUCAAUACGGCUGAGCGGAUACGCCCCGAAGGCGUGGCGGGUGACCCCAACUUGACUGUCACCCGUUUGCGGUUGCUGAGCGGCGAAGCAGGUGGACAUGUCUCACGUUUGCGGCAGAAUUGGGUGGUGCACGAGGAUGGGGCUUUGGCUGAACGGCUUCAAUCCCAAGAAUAUCACCAACAUUUGUCGGGCAACAAGCAACGAAACCAUCAGAUUCGAGAGGAUUUCCCUCAAGCUCUUCAGGAGCAGACCCGGGAGCGGGUGCACGCUCAGAUGGUCUAUCAAGAUCACAUUCAUAAAGUACGCGAGCAGGAAGAUCGCGAUGCGGAGAUUGCCCGGCGGAUGGCUUUGGAAUGGGAGGCCAAGGAGCGCGAACAUCGCGCCUACGAAGCCACCCGAGACGAGAUUUUCGCUCGCAGAAUCCAGAAUUUGGAAGCGGGCAAACGACCCACUUCAGCCGCCGCCCAUCAGCCAGAUCGACACUCCGUUCGUCCAGCCAGCCAUACCCAACCCUUGCCCGUCUUAUCCAACGGCGAUGUGCCUUAUGCGUCUUCCGAUAUCUCCGAAAUGUCCCGCCCUUCUCGUGGUGGUGCCGAAAGAUUGUUGCACUACGAACGUGAUCGACCUCUCCCCGAGUCCUACCAAGUGAAGAUGGCUCGCCCAGCCCGGGUCACGCCCGAGCCGUUGUAUGCCAACAAUCAACCUGAGCACUAUGCCGUAUCUAGUCCAUACCCUUCGCCUGACGACGGUGAAUUAGGGGCGGCGGGAGGAGGAGCCAGCGGUCAGGCCCAUCGAGCCGGUAGCCUCUCGCCCGAACUGCUAGAGGCGGCUGGCUUGAGUCAGCGAGACGUGGCCCUGUCUCGACGAGCCGAAGAGCAAUUGGAACAAGAGCGUCGUGACCGUGAGUUAGCCCGCAUACUUCAAGAGCAGUUGAGUACAGAGGAGGUGGGCCUCGCCUCUAGGGAUUCUGACCGAGCAGCCAAAGAUUUGGAAUUUGCCCGUCGAAUUCAGUUGAAAGAGAAAGAGAAACUUAAGCGGGCCAAAGAACGCUCACGCUUAAAGAAACUGGAACAACAGCAUUCGCGACAGUUGGCUGAGGCUGACGAUAUCGUUUCCGAGUCUAGAUCCCACAGUCGAUUGUCCAAGCAAAGUCAUACUAGUGAUAUUUUGAACGAAUCCCAUGUGUCCAUUCCUCUUCGACGGCCCUACAUGAACCGGGCUGCCAUCGACGACUACGACAGUGGGAGCAAUAGUGAGCCGCAAUACGAGAACGUAGGCCCUCAGAGUCGACCUCAUCUUACUCAUCCCCAUCAAUCACGCCCACCUUUACACACUCAGAAGCAAUACCCUACUUCGCCUCCAUCCAUACCGUCUUCCGAAAUGACACCAUCGCCCGAGGUCAACGGCCCAACGGCCCAAGGUACAUUUUCGUCGGGCACAUCCAGAGACAUGGAUGAUCCCGUGCCCCCUUAUAUGCCAAUGCAGCAAUCUCAAAGCCGCAAGUCGUCCUCACUAGAAAAAAGAAUCCUCAAGAAAAAGGAGAAGGAAGGUUGCAAACAACAGUAAUUACCGUACUCAUAGAUUAGGAGGCUAUUCUUCGCCCAAAGUUAGACCCGUGGGUUCGACUGGCCAAGUCCAGCCAACCUGCCUCUCAUAGACACCUUGUUUACACAAAUAUUGAUUAUCCAUAUGGAGCAUUUCCGAGAGUUUUUAUGCAUACAGAGCGAGUAUUAAAUACAUCAUCCAUGGCAA